UGAUUCGCCAACGAUUUUGCCUAGCGCUCCUCGCUAUCGUGGCGGUAGCGGCCGCUAAACCCCCGCCGAUGAAGGGGGGUCCACCCCCGUGGGCUGGCUUUACUGGGGCAGGAGCAUCACCCUGGGCUGCUUACGGCCCACCAUUACCCUGGGCUGCAAACGCACCACCAUACGCCCCAUUUGGAGUUGGAAAAUCAGCAUACGCCAGAUCAUUGGGACCAGCAGUGGCCCCAGGAAUGAGCACGAUCACGGUCCCCUACGUUCCCAAAGCCUCUCCCUUCUUCCCGAAAUUUGUGGACCCUCAAGCGAUGAUCGCCAAAAAAACCGACAUGCUGGCGAACUUAUUCGGAGGUCUUGGACCAGUGAAGUAUCCGAUUGGAGAAGUCCCCCUCGCCCCGGUAGGGCCAUCCCCCGCAGUGGCCUUCGGUCCCGCCAAGCCCUUCCUCUACGCCACUAACGACGCCGCGUCCUCGAAGGACCCCUCUGACCCUCAGGAGAUCCUCGGAGAGGACAAGACCACCAACGAAGUGAAGCGCGGCGUCUUCGGACCCAAAUUCGGCCCCCCGGGGGCUGCCUUCAGCCCGUUCGCCUCGAAAUUUGGCCCAGUGCCCCCCAAGUUCGGCCCCUUCGGCCCAUUCUCCGGAUUCAAUGCCGUGGGCAGCUCCGAUGCUGACUUCACUGAAGACUCUUCGUCUCGGAGAAAACGCGCGAUUGUUGGAGUUGCUCCAGAGACACCGAAGAAUCUUGGCCCACCACCUCCAUACCCCGGACUCAGCUCCAUCCCCGAAGAACCCGAGACAGAUGCUUCAGGAGUCCCGAAACAGUACCUUCCAGGAAUAUUCGGUCCAUUCGGCCCGUUCGGUCCAGGUCCCUUGGUCGAUCCCAGCAUCUACAUGACCAAGAAAACCGCCUUCCUGAGCACCCUCUUUAGCAACCUGGCGACCAGUACCCCAGCCCCCCCGGGAACUGUGCCAGAUCCCACAGCCCCCAAGAGCACAAUCGUUCCCCCCAGCUUCUGGCUGCCCUUCGCCGUCCCAACGGAGUCCGCCCCAGCCCCCGAGGUCACCGACAUGCCCGUCCCCAAGAGCACCAUCGUCCCAGCGGACUUCUGGCUCCCCAGCUCCGUCAUCCCAGGACCGACCGAGUACACAGACAAGGUGUCUCAAUUCUUGGACAAACUCUUCGAGAGUCUCAAGCUGAACAAGACCCUGUCCUCUUCAUCAGGGACAACUGACGACUCCACGAUGCCGAAGACUGUGGUCGCCAGGUCUGUGGACGAACUCCAGACAGCUAAAGACGCCAUUGUUGACUCCAUAAUGGGAGAGCUUGGCUCCAUCAAGACUGACAUGUUGAGCACUUUGGAUGACAUGAUUGUGGCGCAGAAGGCGGCAGCUGCUGCUGCCCCAUUCGCCAAGGCCACCAAGCCUGGUAAGGCUGGCAAGCCCUUGUCUCCAUGGGCCGCUUUGUUCGCUCCGCCAACCGUCGACCCGAUGCUCCCCUUCAAGCAGAAGAUGAUGAUGCUCAGCCAGCUCUUCGAUAUGUUAACGGGAAUGCAGAAGAACAUAACUCAAGCGAUCGAGGAGACCGUCAAAUCUGCUUCAGUUACUGAAGCACCAGCUGCAGCCCCCGCUCCAUUUUCUUCAGGCGCUGUCAUGACUUUCAACACAACUCUUCUGGACGCCAUCAAGGCCAAGUUGGACAGCUUGGACAAGGCACCCGUCGCACCGGUUGUUUAUCCUUACCCGGGGCUCUGGGGUGCCUACCCUGGGGGCUACUCUCCCUCCAGUGCUGCCAAGAGGAACGUCGAGGAUGAGGAUUACUAUGAUAAGGAUCGCGAGGAUGGGAGCAAGCACGAGAAGAGGGGAGUCAAGAUGGCGAUGCACCAGGGGUACCAGAGCAUGCCUCCUGGAGCUAUUGAGACUGUUCAGGCUGGUGGGGGGUCUGUUCCCGGACACCAGGGGGGCGGUAUCAAACUUUUCAUACAAAUGCCUCCAGCAGAUUCAUCGGGAUAUGAAAAUGAAUCUCAGCAGAAUGACUACGAGGACUGGGGCAAGCAGUGGGCAACCGAGUGGGCAGAGAGCCUCAAGAGCCAGAACGAUGGUCACAGACAUCAUCACAACCAUCAUUAGGAGAGAUUCCACGUCAUAGGUCACACAAAUGGAUAAACCGUAAACUAGCAAAGUACAGAGUAAUUUCGAGUUAGAUUAAUUGAUAUCAUGUAAAAUUCAUGAGUUAUUAUCGAUAAUAAAAGUCGUUAGCAUUUGAAGUCA